AACACUAUCCUCGGCAAAAAUGUUGCGGCUGUUGAAUAAAAAAUUUUAUUGCAAAAUUGCAACAAAAGCGAAUGAAAAAGCACCCAAAUUGGACUUUAAGCAGCUAACGCAUCCCACCAAGGUGCCGCAGACACCAGUUGACACCGCCUUUCCGGACACCAGCAGCGCCAGCCCCAUCGAGAUCGACACGAAAACCAUUCAGUUACUGGAGCGCCUGUCUCUGGUGGAUCUGGACAGUGAGCGGGCGCUGGCCACGCUCAAGAGCAGCAUACAGUUCGCCGACAAGAUAGCCCACAUCAACACGGACAACGUGCGCCCACUCUACACGGUGCUGGAGCAUCAGCAACUCCAGUUACGCAACGACCAGGUGACGGAGGGCGACUGUCGCCGCCAGGUGCUACGCAACGCAAAGGUGACCGACGAGGACUACUACGUCUCCCCGCCGGGCAACAUACCGCUUGAACAAUGAGCCGGGUCCAG